CUUGCAUCCAUGCGCGAUCGGCGGAUCUCCGCCCGCGAUAGGAUCAAGGUACGGGCAGCAACGCUACUAAAGUUCCGCGAUAACAAAGUCGUGCGAAUAGGGUUGGCGGAGAGCGGCAGCUGCUCGAUGUCAUCCUGACACUUGGCAGCAAUGAUCUGCCGGACGUCAGGCGAAAGAGGAAGUUGGCAACAACCAACAACUUUGAUCUGCUGGCCCACAUGUGGUCGGCAUAUACAAGCGCAUGAACAUCCCCCCACGGCAUGCUCCUGUUGACCAUCGUUAUAGGCUCAACGACGAAGCAUGCUUCGGGGAAACAUCCGACGACACGUCGCGACAGCCCUCGGCGUUUCUCUCUCCAAAAGUAAAUAUAGAGUUUAUGCUGCAUUCCCUCCCUGGUUCAACUUAUUCACGUUUCACGCAACAUACAUUAGCACGGCCAAGAUGACUUCUCAAGAACGCCACUCCCUAACGGCCUCCAUCGCGGAAAAGACCGACCCCUCAUCAGCCGCACGUGCUCUCAUAGCGCCGGCGGAGGAUAAAUUCUCCACGGGGUCUCCAGAGUCGGACAUUGAAGGCGGUCUGAGACCUGUCUGGGGAAGCAUAAUUGAUGUGGCCGCGGAUACCGACCACCAGUCUCAAGAGCCUUUGGUCGCUGUCCUCCGUGCCGUGCAGCAACAGAACUUUGCGAAUGGUGCGAGUGAGGUUACAGUCUGGGGAGAGAAGGUGAAGAUGUGGAGCGACCUGCCUCUCUUUGGGGCUUCCGUGAGAGAUGCAUGGAAUAGAGCUCCUGGCACAGGUUCGACGAAUGAUUUCUGUGCCAGCCAAUGGCGUAAUAUAAACGGUUUCCUGGCACGCCUAACUUCCCUGUCUUCGUCUACGCCUGCGUUCGACUUUUCCAUGUUUGGAUUGUGGACGUUACGGUCAGCAUUCGAGGCAAACGAACCCUCGCCGGCUGAUGUGGAUGCUGGCAAGAUGUGGUUCGAGUAUGCAGAGGAUGUAUUGACGAAGCUGAGCAGCGAUGAGAAGUCGUUUCAGGCCAAGGUUGGCGCUGGUGGUGGCAGCUACGCGGAUAAGGAAUGGACGGGAUUCAAUUCCCAGAGGCUUGAGGUUUGGCAGGCAGCUCUUCGAUAGGAUAGAGGAAUUUCAAACAUAAUAAGCCAACGUCUGAGGCGGUCGCGUGAGAGCACAUAUAUUUUGAUAAAAUUCGGG